AUGUCAAGUGAUAAGGAUAAACGAUCAUCCAAGCUAUUUGGGUCCCGAAUUUCGUCCAUCUUUAAUGUACAGCCAGGACAUAAUGUUAAACAUGGGAAUCUUGAUAAUAAUGGAAGUUCUACACUGAGACAUGCGCAAACAAAGCCGUUGUCACAUCCACCUUUGCACAAUAAUUCCGGUAGGUCAACGCUAGACCCCCAUAGGCUGGCGCCAUCAGUACAUGUUCCACCGCAAAGCCAUGCCCCGGUGAAUUUGGCGCCCAUUAAGAGUCCACCAAGACGGAAACCUCCACCACCUAUGGCGGAAGAAUUCGACCGUGGACCAGACAGAAAUUUCGCCGUAGAGCCGCCAGUCAAUAAGAUAUCGGCAAAUAGGUAUGGAGAAGAGGUCAAGGAGGAUUUGAAUAAUAUUAUAGGUACUUUGGAAAAAGAAAUUGGCAGUAUGCUAGUAAAUAAUGAGCCAAUGACACAAAUGGAUCCAAAUGAUCAUAUACAUAAUGCUGACGACCAAGCAUCGAUAACACCGGGCCUAAAUGUUUCAAACGCAUUAGAAGUAUCCAGAUCUAAUCAAUCUGGGCCAUCUUAUUAUUCAGAUUCACAUUCUUAUAAUGAUUCCCAUAAAUCAUCAUCUAUAUCAAGAUCCAAUCAAUCUGGGCCCUCGUAUUUUUCAGACACUCGUUCUUAUAAUGAGUCCCAGAAAUCAUCAUCUAUAUCAUGCAAUACAGAUACGCAAGAACAAUCAUUGGAUGAAGCAAGUGCUACCCCAAGCGAUACGCCGGAAUACAAUCAUGAGCAUGAAGGCGGGCAAGUCCCGUAUCCUAUAGAUUCAUUGCCGGAGAGCCCCACGCUUGAAAGCAGUGUGGUGGGCUUAGACUUGGCCCUGGUUCCAGGCUACCAUCAUAAUAUUCCAAACGACUCAAAAACAUCCAUCAAUUCGUCUAUAUACUCACAAGGUGAAGCAGAGCCCUAUGCACAGCUGAAGAGUAUUGAAACAUUUGGAUCAAGUCACAGCAUACCUUCACAAAGAAAAAAUGAAUAUCAAGCAGCAGCAUCGCUGAGCAAUACAGUGACUUCUAUUUCCUCAACGAGAACUCCUCAAAAUAGCUCGUUUAUUAGAACUAUGCAACCAAAUCGUAAUCCUCUGAACCCGGUACCAUUAGAGUCAGGUACGUACGAUCCAAAUUCAAGAUCAAAGCCUCCAGCAAAAUCAAAUAUAUCUCAUCAUAGAAAGUCUAGUUCGGUAAGUUCUAUUUGGAGUGCCAAUUCCUACAGAAGUGUUAAUAUGUCAAAGCUCAAAAAAUCAUUAGAUUUAAAGCCAGGUGAAGGUGAGAGGUCAAACUAUGUUGUGUCUAUUCGUAGGAGUGCUGGUACGGCGUAUAAUGAUUCUCCUCCAGGUAAAUGGAAAUUGCCUAUAGGCAUUUUACCUGUCGACAAUAGAAUUGGAUAUGCUGCAAAUGGCCGCUAUUUGAGACUCGCUGGAGGAGUUCAAGGUAGAAACAAAAAGACUAGUGGGGUCGAAUUAAAGCAUGGACAUUUGCAACCUAGAUUGUUAGCUGCUGAAGUUGAUGAUGGCGAUGAGAGCCCUGUUGGCUUACAAUCAUUAGGCAGGUCGGGUACUGACCUGACCAUUGGUACAAACAAAUCGUCUGUUGGCGCGGUUAAGUCUUCAGAUUCAAGUGUUAAUGUCACACCCAGUGGUUCACUAUUAAGGAAGAGCUCGUAUGGAAAAGCUAUCGAUGACUUGCAGAGUAUUAAUACAGGUGGUGACUCCUCGUCUACAUUACCCAGCUCAAAAAGAGCCGAAUCCGUCUCUUCUACAUCCUCACCUGGAUCUUCAUCUUCUAAUAGUCUUACCGAUUUCAAUAUUGGGAUCGGUGGUUACUAUCAACAUCCAGGCUACUUACAUAAUGAUGAUGAAGAAACAUCUACUGAAUUUGAGACUGAUUUUAUGGGCGAUGGAGGAAACAGAAAUAAUGAUUAUAAUGACUAUGAUACCAAGCCCAGAUUAGUACUUGCUAACCCUGAUAACUCUGAUAGCGAUUAA